CACUGGGAGAACAGCGGAGAGAAGACUCUACCAGCUCCCUGUGUACCCACUCACAGUAAGAAACCUAAAUCUUUGCAUAAGAAAUUACAACUUUUUCUAUGAAACUAUAAGAUUUUACAGAAUACAUGAUCGCCAUGGACCCCGUCACAAUUCUUCUGUCUGUUGUUGUCAUCCUAUGUUUGGCCAAUGUUUUUAACAAUCGGAAGCAAGAGAAGUACAAGAAUUUCCCCCCAGGACCAACAACCUUACCCCUCAUUGGGAGUUUGCACCUGAUCGACAAGGACAAACCUCAUAACACAUUUAUAAAGCUGGCAGAGAAGUACGGCCCAGUGUUCAGUGUCCAGUUGGGAUCAGAGAAGUCUGUUAUCCUGUGUGGGUAUGACACUAUAAAAGACGCUCUAAUUAACCACGCUGAGGAAUUCUCUGAAAGACCUGAGUCACCGGUAUUUGCGAACACAUUAAGGAGAUAUGGUGUUGUAUUUACUAAUGGUGAGAACUGGAAAGUGAUGAGACGAUUUACUCUUUCAACAUUACGGGACUACGGGAUGGGGAAGAAGAGCAUAGAGAACAAGAUUAUUGAUGAAUGUGAAUGUUUAAUGCAGACAUUCAGAUCCUAUGAAGGAAAACCUUUUAAUAAUAUGACCAUCAUUAAUGCAGCUGUAGCCAAUAUAAUUGUGUCCAUACUAAUCGGCCAUAGAUUUGAAUACGGAAAUCAAAGCAUUCUGAGGCUCAUGAGUUUAAUUAAUGAAAAUAUCAAAUUUCUCGAGAGUCCUAUGGUCAGGUUGUACAACAGUUAUCCCUCGGUGGUCGGCUGGCUUCCUGGGGGUCACAGAACAAUUUUGGAGAACAGUAACAAGAUGCUGGAGUUCCUCAGAGAGACAUUUAUAAAACAGGAGAAAGAAGUGGACAUCAACGAUCAGAGGAAUCUUAUAGAGUCAUUUCUUGCCAAGCAACAAGAGGGGAAGCCAGAAUCUACCUUGUAUUAUCACGAUAAUAACCUAAUAGGUCUUGUCAGCAACCUGUUUGCUGCCGGGAUGGAGACAACCUCAACUACACUGCGAUGGGGCCUCCUGCUAAUGAUGAAAUACCCCAACAUCCAAAAAAAAGUGCAAAAUGAAAUUGAAAGAGUGAUCGGUUCAGCUCAACCUCAAGCUGAUCAUAGGAAGCAACUGCCAUACACCGACGCCGUCAUCCAUGAAAUUCAACGGUUUUGUGACCUUAUUCCUGGUAAUUUACAGCACUCAACCUCCCGAGAUGUCACAUUCAGAGGAUAUGUCAUUCCAAAGGGGACCAUCGUUCUCCCAAUACUGUCCUCUGCACUGAAAGAUGGCGCCUACUUUGAGAAACCGGAAAAGUUUUACCCAGAACAUUUCCUUGACUCAGAAGGACAUUUCAAGAAGAACGAGGCAUUUAUACCAUUCUCUUUGGGUAAGAGAAGCUGCGCUGGAGAGACCCUCGCCAAAAUGGAGCUGUUUGUGUUCUUCACCACCCUUCUACAGAACUUCACGUUCCAGGCUCCACCUGGAGCUGUACUGGACCUCACCCCUGCAAUUGGCUUUGUCAAUGCACCAUUGCCUCAUGAAAUCUGUGCCAUACCACGAAGCUAAUCAUGUUUUCAUAAGAUAGGUCAUGGUAUUGAGAUCCUGGUGCUUGGGAUGCCGGUGGUCAGAAUUCCAACAGCGCUAGGAUCCCGACACUUACUAGGUAAGUAUUCAAACACUAAUCCCGAACCCCCCUAACCCUAUCAAUCUGCAACCUGACCUUAACCCCCCUCCCCACAGCCUGAACCUAUCCCUCCCUCCACUGCAGCCUAAGCCGCAUCCUCCCCGGUGGUGCCUAACCCUCCCUACCCAUAGCCUGUUCCUAAUCCCCCCCCACGCAGCCUAUGCCUAACCCUUCCUGAUGGUGUCUAAUCCUAAACUCCCCUCCCCACAGCCUUACACUAACCCUCCACCUGCAGCCUAAACCUAAACUCCCCCCCCCCCCCCUCCACAGCUUAACCUACCUGGAAUACUUAUGUUCAGGAUCUUGGCGUUUGGGUUCCAGCACUGACAUUCAUGUUGGCAUCGUAGCGGCGGUAUUCCGAGAAGUGUCGGGAUUCUGGUGUUGGUAUUCAGACUGGUGGGAUCCUGAACAAAUCCCAUUUUGAAUUGCAUCAACAAAAUCAGUUUGCUGAGGAUAUUUUUUUAUUUCCAUGUUAUAUGGUCAAUUAUUUUUGUAAAUUUGCUCGGUACAUAUAUAAUUAUUAUGCAGUAAAAUAUGCAUUUGCUAUAGAAAUUUUAUGAUCAAAUUUUUCAUUAU